AGCAUCCACAAGGAGGAGAGAGAGAGAGAUGAAAUAUUCUGUUUAGAGAGGUUGAAAGUAUUGGGGUUUUCUUGUUUUUGGUGUUUUGUUAGUGAUAAAAACACCAAAAAAACACAACAAUUUAGUUAUAAGUAAACUCCACCAGAUCUCUCUUUCUGUCUGUAACAACAGUCUCUCUUUAGAUUAUUGCGGUUUUUGUUUGUUUGGUUGAUUCAGCUUCUUCUUUCAGCUAUCUUGUGUUUAAAAGUAAAUUGUUUCUUAGUUCUUUUUUGGCACAAUCCUACAUAUACUUCUCUUGGAAGUUUUGUUUGAAUACAUAAAACCAAAGUCUUUCUUGUGUUGUGUUGUGUUGCGUUUACUUACCUUCGUUUUUGUUUUCUAGUUUUGUUUUCAAAAUCUUGUGGUUUGUUUUUCAAGUGCUUGCUAAACUACAAGCAAAGCUUUCAAUCUUAAUCUUAACUGAAAAGGCAACAAAAAGUUUUGAGGAUAUGAUGUCUGGUCAGAUGUUUCCUCUUCCUCUUCAAGAUCAUCACCAUCAUCACCAUCAACCACCGCCAUCAGCAGCAGCUCAUGAAGCAAACCCUAAUCCAAAACCCCUCUCCAAUAUCAAGAAGAAGAGAAAUUUACCAGGCACCCCAGAUCCAGAUGCUGAAGUGAUGGCACUUUCACCAAAAUCACUGAUGGCAACAAACCGAUUUGUAUGUGAAAUCUGCAACAAAGGCUUCCAAAGAGACCAAAACCUGCAACUUCAUCGGAGAGGUCACAAUCUGCCUUGGAAGCUGAAGCAAAGGAACAACAAAGAACCCAUCAAGAAGAAAGUCUACAUUUGCCCAGAAAAAUCUUGCGUCCAUCACGAUCCGUCUCGAGCACUUGGAGAUCUCACCGGAAUCAAGAAACAUUUUAGCCGGAAGCAUGGUGAGAAGAAGUGGAAGUGUGAAAAGUGUUCCAAGAAGUAUGCAGUUCAAUCUGACUGGAAAGCUCAUUCCAAGACUUGUGGUACCAGAGAGUACAAGUGUGACUGUGGCACACUUUUCUCCAGGAAGGAUAGUUUCAUUACUCAUCGGGCUUUUUGUGAUGCAUUGGCCGAAGAAAGUGUGAGACUCAAUUCAGUGACAUCGAAUAGCCUCGGCUUGAAAAACGAAGGUUUGAACGAAUCGGUGAUAAACCCUAACCACCAUCCUAGUUUCUCUCAUGGGUUUUCUGGGAUCACGCAAUUCGGGUCUGGUUUCCGGCCUGAUUUUGGGGAUCAAAACAAGCCAAGAUUGUCACUUUGGCUAGACCAAGCAAAUUCCCAACUCAAUCUUUCUCCAAUAGAUCAAAUGUCAAUGAACUCGAAUCUUUACAUGUCAUCAAGCUCCGCAGGUUUAGCCGAUAUGGUUAAUGUGUUUGGAAAUUCAUCUUCAAUGGGAAAUUUCACAAACCCCCACCAAGUGCCAAGUCUAUCAUUAACACCAUUGACAGAAGGUCUAAAAGAUGAAACCCUAGCUUCUAUGUACUCAAUAAACCAAACACAUCAAUCCCAAUCCGAAUCCACGGGUCCAAUGUCAGCCACCGCACUCCUUCAGAAAGCGGCUCAAAUGGGUUCAACCAGGAGCAACCCAUCGAUCUUUGGAUCAAGUUUUGGGCUCAUGAACUCCUCCUCCACUGCAUCAAACACUGCAGUCAGUUUGGUGAACAACACCAUGACUCCUCUCCCUCACAUCACCGCUCAACUGCAAGUCUCGACUGCAAUGAACAACAAUUCAUCGAAUUCAAGUCCCCAAGGGAGCAAUAUCGACCACCAACAAAUGAUUAUGCCAAGGAACGAAACGAUGCCACGAUUGAAGAUGAUGCAGCGGAGCUUUAGCGGAGUCGACAACGGAUUAACAAGAGAUUUCUUGGGUAUGGGUGGAGAAGGUGGCCGGCCAUUGUUGCCACAAGAUCUAGUGAAGUUUGCAUCUUAUGGCUCGACCAUGGGAUCAAUGAGGCAAUUCGCUACCAAUAAUUAGAUGUCUUAAUUAUGUUGCUUAAUUAAUUUGUAUGUCUCAAUUAUCAUGCGUGCUUAAUGUAGCAUAAUAAUAUGUAUUUAUAGA